AGAGCCCUCUACAGAGACGUCAUGCAGGAGAACUAUGAGACUGUGACCUCGCUGGAGUUUCCAGUUUUCCCACCUGAUGAGGUCUCUCAGCCUCAACAAGACAGAGACCCGUGGGUCCCAGAUCUCCAUGAUUCAGAGGAAAGCGAGAUCCUGAGCGGUACCUGCCCAAGGGAGGAAUCAUUCAGCCAAUUCGAAAUCUGUCCGUGGCUGAAGGAAACAGCUGAAAUGCCCGACAGAGACAUUGGGAGUUCUCAGAGUUCAGGAUUGUCCCCAGCAGGGAAUAAGGCUCCCUUCUAACCCUCUCCUGCUACCCUCUGG